AUCCCAACUUUGUCUCCAUUGAGAAAUUUGUGUCAACCAGUAAACAUGGAGGGACCAUUUCCCACCAAUCAAAAUUACUUUUUAUUUAAUUAUACUACUUGGUGGGUGGAUGGUAACAUCCAUAAAUAUACUUUAGUCUCUGCGUGUAUGGAUCCACACCCGCGUUUCAUCUUGUCGGAAUCAUUCUCAUUUUAAUCCUCCUCUUGCAAUAACCAAACACUUCUUUGCUUGAUUUCAGUUUGAACCAGCAAUGGCCGAAGCAAUUGCUUUCGACAUCGCCACAGAGCUCAUUACUAAGUUGAGCUCUCGUGCGCUCUCUCAAGUCAGACUGUGCUGGAAUCUCAAACAUGACAUCGACGACCUCGCACGCACUGUCCGUACAAUCAAAGAUGUGCUUCUUGACGCAGAAGAGAAAUCGGUGACCGACAAUCUCGUCAAAGUUUGGCUUGAAGAGCUGAAAGAUGUACUUUAUGAUGCUGGCGACUUGCUCGAUGAUUUCUCUACCGAAGCGUUGCGGAAAGAUCUAAUGGGUGGGAACAAGCUGACGAAAGAGGUACGCCUUUUCUUCUCAAGCUCAAACCAGUUUGCUUAUGGUUUCAAGAUGGGUCCGAAAAUUAAGGCCAUUAAAGCGAGAUUAGCUUCAAUUGAAAGUGAGGCUAACACUUUUCGCUUCAUUCCACGUGAUCGUCCCGUGGAAACCUCUUUCAUGACUAAAAAGAGGCAGCAAACGCACUCUUUUGAGCGUGAAGAUGAAAUAAUAGGGAGGGAUGAUGAUAAAGCAGCUCUUCUAAAACUCGUGUUAGAGUUUGAAAGUGAAGAAAAUGUUUAUAUCAUUCCAAUUGUGGGGUUUGGAGGGUUAGGGAAGACUGCUUUGGCUCAACUUGUCUAUAACCAUGAAAGGGUCAAAAAUCAUUUUGAGUUAACGAUGUUUGCGUGUGUUUCGGAUGAUUUUGAUGUGAAAGUUAUUGUAGCAAACAUUAUCAAAUCUGUGGCUAAUAAAGCGCCUGAUCAAAAUCUUGAAAUGGAUCAAUUGCAAAAACAACUUCGAGAUAAAAUUGAUGGGAAAAAGUAUUUGCUUGUAUUGGAUGACAUUUGGAAUGAGGACCCAGGAAGGUGGUCUAGUCUAAAGAAGUUAUUGAUGGGUGGGGCUAAAGGGAGUAGGAUAAUAGUAACUACUCGAUCUCUAAGAGUAGCGGAGAUUACUAAUAAAUGUCAAUCUCAUGUUUUGAAACUGAAAGGCUUGUCUGAUGAUGAUGCUUGGUCUCUGUUCAAAAGGAUAGCAUUUGAUCAAGGAUAUGUAGACUCAACAAGUUCAGCCUUUGUGGAAGUAGGGAAACAGAUUUCAGAAAGGUGUGGUGGGGUUCCCUUAGCCAUAAGGACGAUAGCUGGUACAUUAUCUUUGAAAAAAACUGUAAAUGAGUGGCAUUCUUUCAAAGAAAAUGAACUUGUUAAAAUAUCACAAAUUGAAGGAGAUAUUCUACCUACACUUAAGUUGAGUUAUGAUCAUCUCCCAUCCCAUUUGAAGCAUUGCUUUGCUUAUUGUCGACUGUAUCCAAAAGAUCAUGAAAUUGAUGUACAGACUCUUGUUCAAUUUUGGAUUGCACAAGGUUUCGUAAAGCAAUUGAAUUCAAGUCAAUCUCUUGAGGAGAUUGGGUUUGAGUGUUUUAAAGAUUUAGUUGAUAGAAGUUUCUUUCAAGAGGUAGAAGGAGACUUGAUGGAAGAAAUGAGAUGUAAAAUGCAUGAUUUAAUGCAUGAUCUAGUUGAAUCAGUAGCAGGGAUGGAGAGUAGUAUUAUAGAUUCAAAUAAAAUUGCAAGUGAUGUUGGUGAAAAGUGUCGCCACAUAUCAAUUAAUCCUUCAUUAAUUCCUUUGUUUAAGGGAAAAAAGUUACGAACUUUGUUACGGUCUCCAUGCAUAGAAACUCUAAAUUUGAGCGAAGAAACUUGGGAUUUUAUAAUUGCAAAUUAUAGAUAUUUACGUGUAUUGGAAUUGAAUGUUCUAAAUUUUAAGACAAUUUCACCCUCCAUUUACAAGUUGAAACAUUUGAGGUACCUUGAUCUUUCUUGGAAUUGCGAUCUUAAGAUUCUCCCAAAGAGUAUUUGCAAGAUUCAGAAUUUGCUAGCGCUGAAACUUGAUGGUUGUUUUGGGCUUCAAGAACUGCCAAAGAAGAUUGAAAAAUUGGUGAAUCUUACCCAUCUUGCGUGUUUUCAUUGUGAUGCUUUAACUCAUACGCCACGUGGAAUAGGGAAGCUGACUUCACUUGAGACGUUAAGCGCGUUUGUAGUGGAUAAAGAUGGGUCCCAUGGUGGUGCAGAUCUAAGUGAAUUGAGACUGCUUAGCAACUUAAGGGGAGGGCUUAGAAUAUCAAAUUUGGGAUUCGUAAAAAAUGCAAAAGAGAAGUUUAAGGCUGCUAAUUUGAAAGAGAAGCAACAUUUGAGAUCUUUGGUUUUAGAAUGGAGUAGUCCUUUUGUAUGUGCUGGUCAUGAUGACAAAAAGUCACUUGAAGACCUCCAGCCCCAUCCUAAUUUGAAGGAGCUCUGUAUUGGAGGAUGGAGGGGUGAUGCCAAGUUUCCAAGUUGGAUUUCUUUGCUCACAAAUCUCGUCGAAAUUACCAUAAAUGAUGGUAAUUUCAAACGUCUCCCGUCCUUUGCUCAAUUGCCUUCUCUUAAAGGGCUGAAGAUAUCUAAUUGUACUAAGCUGGAGUACAUGGAUGAUAAUAACCCAAAAGGAAGUCAAGGAGAGCCACAAUUAUUCUUCCCGUCGCUUAAGCAUCUUACGCUCCUGUACUGCCCGAAUAUGAAGAGUUGGUGGAGGAUGACAAAACCAAUCGAUGAUGAUUCCAAGGAGGACGACACAACAGUUAUGGGAACAUCAACCGUGGCAUUUCCUUGUCUUUCCUCUUUAGCAAUUUUAAAUUGCCCUUUGACUUCAAUGCCGUUGUAUCCUUCACUCGAUGGUUGCCUACAAUUGGGGAAUACGAGUUCAAAGCCGUUAAAGCAGACCAUGAAGAUGAACAUCAUUAGCACGACCCCAUCAAGUUCAACCUCUUCUCUUCCUCUCUACAAAUUGAAAUCUUUCCAUGUAGAAAACAUUGAGGGAUUGGACACUCACACGCUAGAUGAGUGCCUGCAACAUCUCACUGGGCUUAAAACUUUAGAAAUAAGGGCUUGCAAGGAGGUUGAUUUAGAGAGAUUACAAUGGGAACCCCUUAAGAAUCUCUCUUGUAUGGAGAUUGAUAAUAUUCCAAAGCUGGUGUCUCUCCCCACUUGGCUUCGACAUCUUGUUCAAUUGAAAACAUUACGAAUUCUUCAAUGCCAUGGACUGAGGUCACUCUUUCCUGUGUUCCAACAUCUCACUUCACUUGAAGACUUUUUAGUAUGGGACUGCAAGGAGCUGGAGUUAUCUGCAGCUGGCAUCCAAAUAUUCCAAGAUCAUACAAGCCUACGCAAUCUAUGGCUGGUAAAUAUUCCAGAGUGUCGGCAUCUUCCGGAGUGGCUUCAACAUCUAACAAAUCUGCAAGAGCUCUAUCUCAUUGAUUUACCCAAUUUAACAUCGCUUCCGGACGAGAUGCGUUGCCUAACCAAUUUGGAAGUUUUACAUAUAGAAAGAGUUCCUCAGUUGGAAGAAAGAUGUCGGAAGGACAUUGGCGCUGAUUGGCAUAAGAUUGCUCACAUCCCCAAGAUUCGGUUGUAUAAUGAGUAAGGCAUUGGAGAAAGGCAUUUGUUAACUUCAAUCAUUUUAUAUGCAUAAAAAGAGGGCACUCUUUUAGCUGUUUGGAAUUCCAGCCAAAUUUGUUAUUGAAGGUCCAACAGGAAAAAAAAGGAAGAUGCUUCAGAAUAUUUGGUGGUGAGGUUGAAGUUGAUAAAAUGUUUCAUUAUUUAUAUAUGAACAGAAUUAUACUAAACACAAAUAUGUGCAAAUAUAAGGCUGAUAAUAGUGGGAUUUGUAACAUAUUCUAUGUUGGCAUUUAUAAUUUUCAGGUUCAUUGUUGUUUUUGGAUGA